UUGUGUUCGGUAGACAAACAGCUGACCCGAGUAAUCCGACUGCGCUCGCUGGAAAACACAAAGACGACGAUUGAAAUUAAAACGAAAAAAAAAAUAAAUACAAUCACGCAGUUGUUUCAUUUGUUUCGCAUUUGUUCCGAAAUUAAUUUUCAAUACUGAUACGAUAAAUCGCCCGUGUUCGGCCCGUAUUUGCUCCGCGUCGCCCGCCCGACCGCGCAUUAUUCCGAACCGAUAUCGUCGUUGACGGCAAUUGCGUCUUACGAAAAUGUCCAAUAGCGGUUUGACGAAAAUCGCCGUUUAGCGCCAGAUUGACUGUACGGCGAACACCGAAAACUCCACGUACAUUGUACCGCUUACACAAGGUCCGGUCGAUUAGUUGAAUUAGUUUUGAUAGUUUUGCAUUUUACUAUUGCUUUCGUCUUCCCCGCAGGCCUGUUCAACGGACAGGUCAGAGAAUGGGCCGAAUAUUUCUUGAUCACGUUGGCGGCGAUCGGCUGUACGCGUGUGCAGCCUGUGACACGAAUUUGACCAAUCGUGACGAGUUAAUAAGCACCCGGUUCACAGGCGCGACAGGCCGAGCAUUUCUGUUCAACAAAGUCGUAAACCUCAAUUACAGGUAUUGAAUCGCUACUGUGUAUAACAAUGUGAAUGUGAUAGAGCUUUAUAAAGGUAUUGAUUUAUUAUUUUGAUACAACUUGAUUACCCAAUUGGUUGCAUUCGUGAUUUUACCGAGACAAUUUUUUUUUUAUGAUCUGUACAAUUGUUAUUGUCGGUAUUCACAUUAAAGUUGCUGCAGUUAAAAACUUAUCCAUAAACACCGAUACAAUUACAAAGUGUUUGAAUGUGUCUUGUAUAAUUGGAGUAUGCUUAGGUCUAAGGCGAUAAAAACGUAUCGUAUAAUAUGUUUGAUUACUUAAAUAAUUUAAACGAUUCUUGUUUUGUUAUUUAUUUAAAUUAGUUUUAAGACAAGUCAAUAAUUACACAUUUUUCUAAAUUAUUAUAUACUUUUAUAGCUACAAUAAAGAAAACUUUUUUUCGACAUCUAUCUUGAGAAAAAUGUAUCUUAGAAUAAAAUAAUACAUGUGUUGCAUAAAAGUUAAGCAUCCACAGCACACUCUAGAAAUUGAUAACGUGUGUGGCCGUUGACAAUCCUACUUGGUCGUCUGGCCUCGGUCAAAAAUUGAUUUGGCUAUUGUAACUUACUACACAUUGGGUACUUGAAUAGCUUCCAUUAAAUCAAAUAAAGCGAUAACAUAUUGACAUUUUCUAUCCCAAAAAUCUAUUAUUUAAAUAAAAAUGUAGUUAUAAUAAGUAAUUCUUAGUCUUAUUACUAGGACAGUGAAUUUGUAAUAAAGUGCAUAUUUUUUUUGCUGACUCUAAAACAUAGCUCUCUUAAUCCAAAGUUUAAAUUAUGUAACAACAAAUUCAAUUGUGAAACUUGUAUUGUGUAUUUUUUCAAAUUUGUAGGUUAUUUUUUGAUGUUUUAGUUUAUUUUAGUCAAUUUUUACUUGAAUUACUUUUUUGUUUUAUUUACACUGGUGGUAUAUACCUUGCUUAUAUUUUAUAUUCUUGUUUUAAACUAUUUCACACAACCUGUAUAUGACUAAGUUUGCAAGCGCAACAUUUGAUUUGGCACUAUUCAAUAAGUCUAACCGCGGUUUUUAAUUGAGACAUCAAUAAUGAAUUUCCAGAGUCGGGUCUAUUGCAUUUAUACUGCAUUUUUAAGGAUUAUAAAUUUAUUUUUUAAAGUCCUAUAGUGCAUUCAAUUCACAGUCCUAGUUAUUACUGUUGUUGUAAUUGAAAAAGAAAAUACUAAUAUAAUGUUUUGAUUUUCUUUUAUUUAUAGUGAUGUACAAGAUCGAGUCAUGUUAACUGGGCGUCAUAUAGUUCGAGAUGUGUCCUGUAAAAAUUGUGAUACCAAGUUAGGAUGGAUAUAUGAAUUCGCUAUGGAAGAAAAUCAACGUUAUAAAGAAGGUAGAGUCAUAUUAGAAAGAGCAUUGGUUACUGAAGGGGAUGGUCUUGAACAUGAAAUCUAAGCUGUACCUAAUCAUCUGCAACAUUAUUAACCCUAAUAAUCUAUACAUAUAUAUUUUUUCUCAUAAUUUAAGUAUAAUAUUAUUUUAAUGUGUAAUAUUAUAUGUAACUUUUAAAUUUACCAACUGAACUAUAAAUAUAAAUUUUGUAUAUAUUGUACAAACUAUUUGUAAAUUAAAUAUUAAUUCUAAAGACAUUAAAAAUUAAAAUAAAUUGAAAAUAACACUUUUUUUUUGUAUUAAUGCAUUUUCAUUCCUCAUUUUUAUGUUUUAGUGUUUUACUAUUAAAAUCAAGACUUUUAUUAAUAAUUUACCAAAUUAAAAUCUUUUACAAAUAAUAUUAAAGAAAUAUUAAAAUCCAUACAUAAUUGUUUACCUAUAUAGAUUAAUUGUUAAUUUAAAAAUGUAUACAAUAUAAUAUAUUGUACGCGAAAAAAAAUUUAAACAGUUGCUAAAGGAAGUUUAUUUUGUUUUUUAGUUUUAAAUUAAUACAAUAUUUGUUUUAUUUAAUUAUUUUUAUAUUAUGCAAUUCAGUUUUUCUAACUCUAAUGUCAUUAUUUAUAACUAAUGUACACACAUAUGUAUAUAUAUAUAUAUUAUUGUUUUGUUUUGUUUUUUUUUAUAUAUAUAUAUAUUGUUAUUAUACAAAAAUAUUGUUUACAUUUAGUGUACGGAAUUUUAAAAAACAGUCUAAUGUCUUGAAUUUAACUAUUAGUUAUAGUAUAGGAAUAAGUACAUAUGUUUAUAUAUUUAUAAAUAAAUAAUUGACACAAUGAAAAUUUUUUUUUAAUAAAAUAUUAUUAAUGUGAAGUAAUUUAAUUGGUAGUUGUUUUGUCAAGAAAACAAUUUAUUGGUUCUGUUCUAUCAAAAGACAUAAUUGUCUACAAUGUUAUAAUAUAAUUUUAA